AUGAAAACGCGGUCGGCGAAGUACGCUCAGAGAGAGAAGCACUCCUCUGAAAUUGAAUCGGCUAGAUCAAGUCUCAAGAAGAAGAGAAAAUUCUCAGCGGCUGCCGAUCUUGAAGAAGAGAUUGAACAUCCAUCGAAGCAGGACUACAACUCGGUGCGCCAGGCACUGAUAGACAUUCGGGCAGAUUCAAAAUUAAUAGAAAAUGAGUUAGAAAGUAAUAGGAGAGAGCUUGAAGGAAAGAUUCGCCAGAUGAAGCAGAGAGAGAGUGAGUUGAAGGGGAUAGAUGACCGUCUCAGAGCCACGUCAGGCGAGCCACCCGGCAAAGACGAAGAGGACGCAAAUCCAGGAGAAUCAAUGUUUAACCGGCUUAGAUCUGAGAUCCACGAUUUCGCGAUCAAAUACUUUGGCGAUCAGCUUCAACAACGUUUGACAGCACGCGUUGGAGCUGGCUGGGCCGAGCGGUUUAUGCAAGCCACGACCCCCGGAGAAGAGACGUACGUGGACUACCUGCAUUCACACCGGCGAUGCCCCAUGAUAAUCAAGGCAUUUAUUUGGCGGUUUAUAUGUGGCACAAUUUUCAACGCUGCCGCAUGGAGCGGCAGCGAGAAAAUUCGUCGGCACAUGAAUGAGCUGCAAGAGAUCUUCAGCGAGUAUCAGCAUCUUACCCAGCUGGAACAGCACUUUGCACGAUCAAUCAGUGAAGUGAUCAGCCCAUUUAUGAGGUCAAGCCCGGAGGGACACGGUGACUUCCUACUGAAAAUCAUACAUCACGCUAUCGAAUUCGACAGAGAGAUCAGCAAGCAGCUGCCUCGGCUCACCUGGACAUUCAGCCCCGAGCCGAUCGAGUCGCCGUUCGAUUACAGCCAGGACCAAGAGAUGAUCAUGCAGCUCCACCCGGGCGAGAAACUUGCGAACAAGCUUCCAAGUGGGGCAAAGGCUAAAGUUUACCUCGUGGUGGCGCCGGGCUUGACCCAGCGGGGUGCGGACAACAGCCCAUCGACGUCUUUCGAUGUGGAGCAUUGGCUAAAGCCGAUGGAGGUCACUUGUGUCAAGCCCAGGCGACAACAUACCUUUUCCCUAGGAGAUGACGGCUCUGAGACUCAAGGCUAA